CAUAGAUGAGUGAAAUUUGUGGUGUUGUUCUUCAACCAACGGAGGAAACUACGCUGUCUGACAUGAUAGAGACAGGAAUUGCAAAAAUGGUCAAUCAAUUGGACGAGAUUUCCGCCGCUGCCACAAAGGAAUUCCAAUUGGAGAAGAAUCUGCAAAAGAUGCAAGCGGAAUGGCAAGAUAUUCAGUUUGAUGUUAUCGCCUACAGACAAACCGGAGUCAAUAUCUUAUCCUCGCUUGACGACAUUCAAACUAUGAUGGACGAUCACAUCCUGAAAGCACAAACAAUGCGAGGCUCCCCCUUCAUCAAACCACUAGAACACGAAAUGAAACAAUGGGAAGAGAAACUUAUCGCCAUGCAGGACAUUUUGGACGCUUGGGUCAAGGUGCAAUCCACUUGGAUGUAUCUCGAACCAAUCUUUUCCUCUCCCGAUAUCAUUAAACAAAUGCCAAGUGAGGCUAAAAAAUUUGCCGCUGUGGACAAAACUUGGCGAGAAAUUAUGCGGAACACGACCGAAAAUCCGAAUGUUCUCUAUGCUACGGAAUUUCCAAACAUGUUGAAAGAAUUAAACGAGGCCAACAAUUUACUCGAGGAAAUUCAAAAAGGUCUCAACGACUACUUGGAAAAGAAACGCCUCUUCUUCCCAAGAUUCUUCUUCCUCAGUAAUGACGAACUACUCGAAAUUCUUAGUGAAACUAAAGAUCCACUUCGUGUGCAGCCUCACUUAAAGAAGUGCUUUGAAGGCAUCCAUCGCUUAGAGUUUACGGCAGAGCUCAUCAUCACUGCCAUGAUCUCUGCAGAAAAGGAAAUGGUUAAUUUCGUCGGAGUUGUGAAACCACUCGAGGCGAGAGGAAUGGUGGAAAAGUGGCUGGUCCUUGUUGAACAUCAAAUGAUAAAUUCUCUCAAAGAUGUCAUUGCUCGAAGUGUCAUUGCAUACGCUCAUGGAACUCGGAAGGAUUGGGUGUUACAAUGGCCAGGUCAAGUCGUCAUCUGUGGAGAUUCCAUUUUCUGGACGGCCGACGUGUCAGACUCGAUACAAAAUGGAACUCUGAAGGAUUAUCUUACUCUCAGCAAUAGACAAAUUGACGAAGUUGUUGGACUUGUUCGUGGUAAACUGGACUCUGGGAACCGGACCACUCUUGGUGCCUUGAUCGUUAUUGCUGUCCAUGCUCGUGACGUUGUAGAGAGUUUGUGCAAUUUGGAAAUUACGAGCAUUCAGGAUUUCAACUGGAUUAGCCAGCUUCGAUAUUACUUGGAAGGAGGACUUGUCCGAGUAAGAAUGAUCACUACAGACAUUCGUUACGGUUACGAAUAUUUGGGAAAUAGUUCUCGUCUUGUCAUCACGCCCUUGACCGAUCGCUGUUACCGCACACUAAUGAGUGCAUUGAAGCUGCACUUGGGCGGAGCCCCGGAAGGACCGGCCGGGACAGGAAAGACGGAAACAAGUAAAGAUUUGGCAAAAGCGGUUGCAAAACAAUGCGUCGUAUUCAAUUGUUCAGAUGGACUGGAUUACAAAGCGAUGGGAAAGUUCUUUAAGGGGUUGGCCCAAGCAGGAGCGUGGGCUUGUUUUGACGAAUUUAAUCGAAUCGAGUUGGAAGUAUUGUCAGUGGUCGCACAACAAAUUAUGACAAUUCAGCACGCCAUUGCGGCGAGAGUAAAGACGUUCAUUUUCGAAGAUACUGAAUUACGAUUGAAUCCGACAUGUGCCGUGAUCAUUACAAUGAACCCCGGUUACGCUGGAAGAAGUGAAUUGCCCGAUAAUCUCAAAGUUUUAUUCCGAACGGUGGCCAUGAUGGUUCCUGAUUACGCAAUGAUUGGUGAAAUAUCGUUGUACUCGAUGGGAUUUGUGGAUGCAAGGAGUUUGUCUGGCAAAAUUGUCGACACUUAUAAAUUGUGUUCUGAGCAAUUAUCUUCGCAACACCAUUACGAUUAUGGGAUGCGUGCGGUGAAAUCUGUGCUCACUGCAGCCGGAAACCUUAAGCUAAAAUAUCCUAAAGAAAUCGAAUCCCGUCUGAUCCUUAAAGCUAUCAAUGACGUCAAUUUGCCAAAGUUUUUGGCCCAAGACAUUCCACUCUUUGAAGGAAUCAUUUCCGAUUUGUUUCCUGGCGUGAAACUCCUAAGACCUGAUUUGGACCCUCUCAUUGAAGCAUUGAAAGUCAUUUGUGAUCAGAGAAAUCUUCAACCCACGGACUUUUUUAUUGAAAAAACUCUUCAAGUUUAUGAGAUGAUUUUGGUCCGGCACGGUCUCAUGGUUGUUGGAGAAGCACUGGGAGGCAAGACUUGUUCAUAUCAGUGCCUCGCCGCAGCACUGACUGACAUAAAGAACAAUAAAACUCCCGGAUUUAUCGAGAAACGAGUCACGUACAAGAUCGUUAACCCAAAGGCGAUCACAAUGGGACAAUUAUAUGGAUGCUUUGACCCUGUAUCACACGAAUGGUCGGAUGGAGUUGUUGCAAACACAUUCAGAGAAAUGGCUUCAUCAACUAAUGACGAUAGGAAGUGGCUCGUAUUUGACGGACCUGUUGAUGCCGUUUGGAUUGAAAAUAUGAACACCGUUUUGGAUGACAACAAAAAAUUGUGUUUAAUGUCUGGCGAAAUUAUUCAAAUGACUCCCGUGAUGAAUAUGAUGUUCGAACCGGCCGAUUUAGAGCAGGCGUCGCCUGCUACCGUGUCUCGUUGCGGAAUGAUUUACUUGGAACCGAAACAGCUUGGGUGGAGACCGUUGAAGGACUCCUACCUAAAUCGGCUUCCUGUCGGAAUUAACGAAGAACAGAAAGAACUCCUGGAGGAAUUAUUCGAGUGGUUAAUUCCUGCUUGUUUCGAGUUUAUUCGACAUGAAUGCAAGUCCUUUAUUCCAACGUCUGAGCUGCAUCAAUUUCAGAGUUUUGUCCGGCUCUAUCGAUCAUAUUUGAAAGGAGACGGAAAUGAUGACAAGAGUCCACAAAGCACAAUCUGGCUUCAGUACAGCUUUAUCUGGACCGUCGUGUGGAGUUUGGGAGGCACUCUAAUUCAAGAGAGCAGGGAGAAAUUUGACGUCUUUUAUCGUGCCCUGUUGAUUGGAAAUAACAAGGAUUUUCCUAAACCCAAAUCUUUUAAGCUGACAAAGAACCAAAUGUUUCCUGAAAGGGGGUCAGUUUUCGACUACAUUUGCGACAAGAGGAAUAAUCAGUGGAUGUUUUGGAUGGACACGGUUGAUCGUGAAUCGGUGAAAAUUCCUUUGACCGCAAAAGUCAAUGAAUUAAUAAUCCCAACGGAUGAAACCGCUCGUCAAAUGUUUUUCUUAAAGGUGUAUCUGAACAAUGAAAUUCCCGUCAUGUUCGUAGGGCCCACAGGAACAGGGAAAAGUGCCAUCACUCUAAAUUACUUGAUGGGACUCCCAAAAGAGAAAUACGUUCCAAAUGUGAUCAACUUUUCUGCUCGAACAUCCGCAAAUCAAACUCAAGACAUCAUAAUGAGCAAGUUGGAUCGAAGAAAGAAGGGAGUUUUUGGCCCCAGUAUCGGAAAGAAAUGCAUCGUAUUUGUGGACGAUUUAAGCAUGCCCCAGAAAGAGAUUUAUGGAGCUCAACCCCCAAUCGAGCUUAUCCGACAGUGGAUUGAUCAUGGAAAUUGGUACGAUAAGAAGGACACGACGACAAUUUCACUUAUUGACAUGUUAUUCGCCGGUGCAAUGGGACCUCCUGGCGGUGGAAGAAACGACAUCACAGCACGCUUAGUCCGACACAUGAGCAUCCUUGCCAUCGACUCCUUUGAUGACAACACCCUCAAGAAAAUUUUCACCUCUAUCGUCGACUGGCAUUUUGGCAAGGAUUACGACCCUGAAGUCGUCCGUUGGGCGAGACCCAUGAUAAAUGCAACCAUGCAAGUCUACAAGUCGGCAAUGUCCCUCUUCCUCCCUACGCCUGCCAAGUCACACUACGUUUUCAACCUCCGUGAUUUCUCUCGAGUCGUACGAGGGCUUCUUCUCAUCCCUGCUUCGCAUCUGACAGAACCAACCAAAUUGAUGAGACUCUGGGUCCACGAGGUGUAUCGUGUCUUUUACGACCGUCUAGUCGACGAGAAGGAUCGUCUCACAUUUUUCACACUGACCUCCUCCACUGUGGAGGAAAACUUUAAGCAAGACAUGCAGAAAAUGUUGGGCCAUUUAGUACCUGACGGAAAAAAGGUAGAAGAUGUCAACAUUCGCAGCUUGAUAUUUGGAGAUUACAUGGAUCCCAAGGCGGACAACAAGAUUUAUGACGAAGUCGUAGAUUUGCACCAGUUGAGCGAAAUUAUGGAAGGCUAUUUGAAAGAGUACAAUUCAAUUUCGAAAACCCACAUGUCUCUCGUCCUCUUCCAAUUUGCAAUUGAACACAUUUCCCGAAUUGCCCGUGUCCUCAAGCAAGACAACGGACAUGCACUGCUGAUUGGCAUUGGGGGGAGUGGUAGACAGAGUUUGACCAAAAUGGCAGCUUUCAUGGCUGGCUAUGACUUGAUUCAGAUCGAGAUCAGCCGAACGUAUGGGACUCACGAGUGGAGAGAGGAUCUCAAAAAGGUUCUCAAACAUGCAGGCAAUGAUGGGAAACAGACCGUGUUUCUCUUUGCCGACAAUCAAAUCAAGGACGAAAGUUUUGUUGAAGACAUCAACAUGAUUCUGAACACGGGAGAUGUUCCCAACUUGUUCCAGGCGGAUGAGAAGGGAGAGAUUUUAGAAAAAAUGCAGAGUGCGGCGAAAGAAUAUGGGAAAAAAAUUGAAACUUCUCCUCUUUCUCUGUACAAUUUCUUUAUUGAAAGAGUUCGGUCCAAUUUGCACGUUGUUCUUGCCAUGUCUCCCGUCGGAGAUGCGUUCCGCGUGAGGCUUAGGAUGUUUCCGUCACUAAUUAAUUGCUGCACCAUUGAUUGGUUCACAGAGUGGCCAGAGGACGCAUUGGAAAAGGUUGCUCAAAAAUUCUUGUCAACUUUGGACACGGACGAACCAAUACGAGAAGCGUGUGUUUUAAUGUGCCAAUUUUUUCAUGAAUCCGUUCGGAAACUAUCAACCGAGCUUUAUGAGCAACUUGGCCGAAAGAAUUACGUCACUCCGACCUCUUAUCUCGAAUUGAUUUUGACCUUCAAAUCACUCCUGAGCAAAAAGCGAGAAGAAAUCGAGGAGCAACGUCACCGCUACCUCAACGGCUUAGACAAAUUGCAAUUCGCUGCCUCUCAAGUUGCCGUUAUGCAAGAUGAGCUCACAGCAUUGCAACCAAAACUUAUCGAAACCUCAGCCGCUACUGAGAAGUUGAUGAUAAAAAUUGAACGGGACACGGUGGACGUAGAAGCAACAAAGGAAGUUGUAGCUGCUGAUGAAGCACUGGCAAACGAGGCAGCUGCUGCUGCCCAGGCCAUCAAGGAUGAUUGUGAAAAUGACCUCGCUGAAGCAAUUCCUGCCCUUGAAGCAGCCCUGCAGGCUUUGGAUACUUUAAAACCUGCCGAUAUAACUGUCGUCAAAUCGAUGAAGAAUCCUCCAGCUGCGGUGAAAAUGGUGCUGGAAGCAAUCUGUGUCAUGAGAGGUAUCAAACCAGAGAAAAAGAUGGAUGCCAACGGACGACCGUUUGAGGACUAUUGGGCAGCGUCUCUUAAGAUGUUGGGAGACAUGAAGUUUCUAGACGGACUAAAAGAAUAUGACAAGGACAACAUUCCUGGUCCAGUUAUUAAGAAAGUCAGAGAAAAAUUCAUCAAGAAUCCAGAGUUUGAUCCUGCCAUCAUCAAAAAUGUGUCAACCGCGUGUGAGGGUUUGUGCAAAUGGGUGAAAGCCAUGGAAGUUUAUGAUCGCGUCAUUAAAAUCGUGGAACCCAAGAAGCUAAAGUUGGCCGAGGCUGAGAACGAGUUGCAAAGUCAGAUGGAUAAGCUUAACGAGAAGAGGGCACAACUCCAACAGGUUACGGAUAAGUUACAAGCACUGAAUGACGAAUAUGCAGCCAUGAACAAGAAGAAGAAGGAUUUGGAGGACAAUAUAGAGCUCUGUUCUCAAAAGUUGGAGAGGGCAGAGAAACUUAUUGAUGGACUGGGUGGCGAAAAGACUCGAUGGAGUGAUGGGGCUGCCAUGUUGGCUGAUAAAUUACACAAUAUUAUUGGUGACGUGUUGAUUGGUGCGGCUGUGGUGGCGUACCUUGGUCCAUUUACGGUGGAUUUUCGACAGGGCUGCGUUGAUAAAUGGCAGAGAAAGUGCGCCUCCCAGAAAAUCCCCUGUUCUCAAGUGUUCUCCUUGAUCUCGACAUUGGGAGAUCCAGUAAAGAUUCGGCUCUGGCAUCUUGCUGGCCUUCCUAUCGAUAAUUUCUCCAUCGAUAAUGGAAUAAUUGUUACAAAUGCUCGCCGUUGGCCAUUGAUGAUUGAUCCUCAAGCGCAGGCGAGUAAAUGGAUACGAAACUUGGAGAAGUCGAACCGUUUGGGAGUCAUUAAACUAACAGAUCAUGGUUACAUUCGCGUGGUCGAACAUUCCAUUCAGAUGGGAAUUCCCGUUCUCCUCGACAACGUUGGCGAAGAAAUUGACCCCGCUCUUGAACCUGUUCUCCUCAAGCAGACCUUCAGACAGGGUGGCAUUGUGUGCAUUAAGAUUGGAGAAAGUAUCGUCGAGUACAACAAGAACUUCCGGUUUUAUAUUAUUACUCGGUUACGAAAUCCUCAUUACCUUCCCGAAACGGCGGUUAAGGUCACCCUGCUAAACUUCAUGAUUACGCCACUCGGCUUGCAAGACCAGCUCUUAGGAAUUGUGGCUGCCAAAGAAGAGCCAGUUUUGGAGGAGCAGAAAAAUCAUCUCGUCGUGGAGGGCGUCACUAAUAAGAAUCUGCUCAAGGAGAUUGAGGACAAAAUCCUACAAGUGCUGUCCAGCUCGAAAGGAAAUAUUUUAGAGGACGAGACAGCCAUUCAAAUCCUCUCCUCGUCGAAAGAACUGUCCCAAGAAAUUCUUGCCAAACAAGAAAUUGCGGCCGUAACGGAAAAGAAAAUUGAUGAGACUCGAAACAGAUACAGACCAGUUGCUCUCCACUCCAGCACUUUGUUCUUCUGCAUAUCUGAGUUGGCCAACAUUGAUCCCAUGUACCAAUACUCCUUGGCGUGGUUUAUUAACCUGUACUCAUCAAGUAUUACAAACAGUCGUCAAUCCAAGGAUUUAGCGUCAAGAAUCCACUUCCUGAAUGAACACUUUACCUCCUCCAUUUAUCGCAAUGUGUGCCGAUCUCUCUUUGAAAAGGAUAAGUUGGUCUUCUCUUUUGUGCUCUGUGUCGCCCUGAUGAAAUCCAAAGGAGAGUUUGAUAUGGAGACGUGGAAAUUUCUCCUCACUGGUGGAAUUGCGUUGGAAAAUCCGUAUGCCAACCCAGCACCAGAGUGGUUAUCGGACAAAGCAUGGUCAGAAAUUGUUCGAGUCAGCACAAUGAAACCAUUUGCAAAAUUGAUGAGUUUCGUGAACAAGCAUAUCCAACUUUGGAAAGAACUGUACGAUUCGUCAGAACCUCAAGACGUCACGUUGCCGAGUCCAUGGGACAAAAUGAGCGACCUGGAGAGACUGGUCAUUCUUCGCUGCUUCCGUCCGGACAAGUUGGUCCCCGCAGUACAAUUAUUCAUUACGAAGAAUUUAGGACGUGAAUUUAUCGAACCUCCACCCUUUGACUUGGAGUCUUCGUACAAUGACUCGAAUUCUGCAACUCCAUUGGUCUUCAUCUUGUCACCGGGAGCCGAUCCUACCCUUGGUUUGUUCAAGUUUGCGGGAGACAAGGGAUUUACUGGGAACAAGAUGCAGUCCAUAUCCCUCGGUCAAGGACAAGGUCCAGUUGCUCGGAGAAUGAUUGACGAAUCUGCGGCGGAAGGAUCUUGGGUUGUCUUACAAAAUUGUCACUUGGCCACAAGUUGGAUGCCCGUGCUUGAAAUGAUCUGUCAAGACAUCAUCACCGCGGAUGGGACACACCCCACAUUUCGACUCUGGCUCACGUCUUACCCAAGUCCAAACUUCCCCAUAACCGUUUUACAAAAUAGCGUCAAGAUGACUAACGAAGCUCCACAAGGCCUCAGAGCUAAUCUGCUACGAAGUUAUGCUGGAAAUCCUAUCUCGGACCCAAACUUUUUCACAUCUGUAAAAUUAAAUUCACGAGCCUGGCAGCGAAUGCUAUUUGGUCUCUGCUUUUUCCAUGCAGUUGUCCAAGAACGGAGAAAGUUCGGUCCUUUGGGAUGGAACAAUUUGUACGAGUUUUCCGAGAGCGAUCUCAGAAUCUCAUUGAUGCAGUUGCAACAAUUUUUACAUGAUUAUUUAGUCAUUCCUUUCGAUGCGCUGACCUAUCUCACGGGAGAAUGUAAUUAUGGUGGGAGGGUAACGGAUGACAAGGACAGAAGACUUUUGAAUAGUUUGUUAUCCAUUUUCUACAACAAGGAUAUUGUGGACAAAGACAAUUAUGUCCUAUCAUCAAGUGGGAUUUACUACGUUCCUGGCGAAGCCAAUUAUAAUGCAUGCAUGCAAUACGUGAAAACAUUGCCAUUGAAUCCGAAUCCUGAGGUAUUUGGGCUGCAUGAAAAUGCAAAUAUCACGAAAGGAAAUCAGGAGACUUUUCAGUUAUUGGAUAGUGCACUCUUGACCCAAACUGAAUUAAAGUCCGGAAGUGGAGGUGCAGACACGUCCGGCUCAAAAGUAAUCGAUAUCGCUCAAGAUAUCCUCAACAAGCUACCCGCUGAUUACGAUUUGGAAAGUGUGAUGGAGAAAUUCCCCGUCGAUUACAUGAACUCGAUGAACACCGUGUUAAGACAGGAACUCAUCCGAUUCAACAGGCUCACCAAAGUUGUCCGAGAGACGCUUCGAAAUGUGCAAAAAGCCAUCAAGGGUUUAGUCGUGAUGUCACUCGAGUUGGACGAAGUUUUCAAAAGUAUGCUGAUAGGGAAGGUUCCGAAGGCGUGGGCAUCGAAAUCCUACCCAUCCCUGAAGCCUUUGGGAAGCUAUGUGGCCGACUUGUUACAAAGACUCGCCUUCUUGCAGAGAUGGAUUAACACGGGUGCGCCGAGUGUGUUUUGGCUGUCAGGAUUCUACUUUACGCAAUCUUUUUUGACCGGAGUCACACAAAAUUAUGCGAGAAGAUAUAAAAUUCCAAUUGAUCAUUUGGGAUUUGAGUUUGAAAUCACGGCUUUCGAAAAAAGUGCAGAUGUGCCCCCAGACGAUGGGGCGUAUUGUCGGGGUCUCUUUCUCGAAGGAGCUCGUUGGGACCGUCAAAAUAAGCAGUUGGCCGAAUCUUUCCCCAAAAUCUUGUACGAUUCUAUCCCUGUGAUCUGGUUUAGACCUGGCGACAAGGCCAAAUUCAUCCUCAAACCAUCCUACGAAUGUCCCGUCUACAAAACCAGUGCUCGCCGCGGAACCUUAUCUACAACUGGUCACUCGACCAACUUUGUCCUCUAUCUCAAACUUCUGUCCGAUCUUCCUCAGCAACACUGGAUAAACAGGGGGACGGCUGGACUCUGCCAACUUGCCGACUGAUUGCACACAGUUUGCAAUUUUCUACCACAUUUUUCUACCGAAAUUUGCAUACGUAACAAGUCUGAUUUUCAACUCCAAUGAACAAUGAACAUUUAUUGAGAAAUAAUAAAAUAUAUGUAAAUAUGCAA